GAGUAAGGAAGCGGGUCCUGGACCGCGGGCUCCUGCCGGGACUUCUUCCAGCGUAAGGCCGGAGGGCUCGGCUUCCCCAGGUGGAAGAUAAAAGACUUUGAUUCAUGAGGAAUCUGUUCACUGAGAAGUGUAUGUCAAGCCACUGGUUGAAUUUCCAUCAAAAAAUGAUUAAGCAGAGAAUGGAGAAGAAGGUUGAUUCCAGAUUUUACUAUGAGCAGCAAUUACUGCGGAAGGUCUUCGAAGAAUGGAAAGAAGAGUGGUGGGUUUUCCAUCAUGAGUGGAAACUCUGUGUUCGAGCUGACUGUCACUACAGGUAUUACCUGUACAACCUGAUGUUCCAGACCUGGAAGACCUACGUGCGUCAGCAGCAGGAGAUGAGGAGCAAGUUCAUUAGAGCCGAAGUUCAUGAUGCAAAGCAAAAGAUGGGACAAGCCUGGAAGUCUUGGUUGAUCUACGUGGUUUUUCGUAGGACCAAACUUCAGAUGCAGACUACGGCUCUGGAGUUUAGGCAACGGAGUAUCCUAUGGGUGUGGUGGAGCGUGUGGAGGCAGCGACUAGGACAGGUCCGUGUGAGCCGUGCCCUCCAUGCCUCUGCUGUGAAGCACAGGUCCCUGAGCCUCCAGCUGCAGGCUUGGUCACAAUGGUGGGAGCAGCUCUUAUAUGUCCAGAAGGAGAAACAAAAGGUUGCCUCUGCAGUGAAGCACCACCAGCACUGGCAAAAGCGGAGGUUUCUGAAGGCCUGGCUUGAAUACCUGCAAGUCCGCAGAGUAAAGAGACAGCAGAAUGAGAUGGCUGAACGAUUCCAUCAUGUCACUGUGCUCCAGAUACACUUCUGUGACUGGCAGCAGGCCUGGGAGCGGAGGGAGAGCUUGCACGCCCACCAGGCCCAGGUGGAGAAACUGGCCAGGAAGAUGGCCUUGCGGCGCACCUUUACUCACUGGAAACACUACAUGCUGCUAUGUGCAGAAGAAGCUGCCCAGUGUGAGAUGGCAGAAGAGCACCACAGGCACAGGCAGCUGAUUUUUUGCUUUAGAGCCCUAAAAGACAAUGUUGCCCACACCCAUCUCCAGCAAAUAAGAAGGAAUCUUGCUUACCAGCAGCAUGGUGUCACGCUGCUGCACAGGUUCUGGAACCUCUGGCAGUCUCAGAUUGAGCAGAAAAAAGAAAGAGAGCAGCUCCCCUUACUACAUGCUGCCUGGGACCACUACAGGAUAGCACUGCUGUGCAAGUGUGUCAAAUUGUGGCUACAUUAUACUCAGAAGAGGCGGGACAAGCAGCUGCUACAGGCCAGAGCAGAUGGGCAUUUCCAGCAGAGAGCCCUGCCUGCUGCCUUCCACACAUGGAAUAGACUCUGGCGAAGACACCAGCAGGAAAACAUCCUCAGUGCAAGAGCCACACAUUUUCACAGGGAGAAAGUAGAGAAGCAAGUAUUUUCUAUCUGGUGGCAGAAGAUGUUACAGCAUCGAGAAAACCGCUUGGCAGAGAGAAUGGCCAUCCUUCACGCAGAGCGACAGCUUCUGCAUAGGUCCUGGUUCACGUGGCACCAGCAGGCAGCAGCACGUCACCAGGAGCAGGAGUGGCAAACAGUGGCCCGUGCCCACCACCGCCACAGGCGGCUCAGGAAGGCUUUCUGCCUCUGGAGGGAAAGUGCCCAAGGGCUCAGAACAGAGAGGACAGGCCAGGUGCAGGCAGCAGAAUUCAACACGGCCCAGCUCCUGCGUUGGGCCUGGAGCCAGUGGAGGGAGUGCCUGGCCCUGCAGGGAGCGGAGCGGCAGAAGCUGAUGCGAGCGGAGUUGCACCACCAGCGCACAGUGCUGCUCAGGGCGCUGCACGCGUGGGUGACUUACCAGGGCAGGGUGCGGAGCAUCCUCCAGGAGGUGGCAGCCAAGGAGAGCCAGCACAACAGGCAGCUGCUGCGGGGGCCGUUACGUCGCUGGAAAGAGAACACCAUGGCCCGCAUGAAUGAAGCCAAAAAAACCUUUCAAGCAAGUACUCAUUACAGAAGGACCAUAUGUUCCAAGGUGAGGUAUAAGAAGGCAAGCUGCAAACUCUGGCUUGGAUCUGCCUUAGGCUGUCUCCGGACCUGGUUUCAGCGCUGGCGGGACUGCAGCCAGAGGUCAGCCCAUCAGAGACUGCAGCUGGAGAGAGCAGCCCAGCACCACCACCGGCAGCUGCUGCUGGAGGGGCUGGCCCGAUGGAAGACACAUCAUCUGGGGUGUGUCAGGAAGAGGCUCCUGCACAGGCAGAGCACCCAACUGCUGGCACAGAGACUUAGCCAGACCUGCUUCCGCCAGUGGAAACAACAGCUGGCAGCCAGGAGGCAGGAGCAGCAGGCGUCUGUGCGUGCCCUGUGGUUCUGGGCCUUCUCACUGCAGGCAAAGGUGUGGGCCACGUGGCUGGCCUUUGUGCUGGAAAGGAGGAGGAAGAAGGCACGGCUGCAGCAGGCGCUCCAGGCCUACCAGGGGCAGCUCCUCCAGAAGGGUGCCAUGCGGCUCCUGCGCUUUGCAGCCAGCAUGAAGGCCUCUCGGCAGCAGCUGCAGGCCCAGCAGCAGGUCCAGGCAGCUCACAGUCUCUACCGUGCUGUCCGCCGCUGUGCCACACUCUGGAAACAGAAGGUACUGGGCUGGGGCAGGGAGCCUCAGCCCCUGGCAUCCAUCGCAACCAGCAGAAAAGUGACGUUUGAGGGUACCCUUCUCAACCGUAUUGCUGCUGGGGCUGGGGAUGCCACCCUGGAGACUAAGAGGCCACAGGCUCCUCGGCCUCAGGGAGCCCUGGGCCGCCUGGCUGCUGGGGAGCCCCAUGCCCUGGAAUUCAACACUGCCCACUCAUCGAGGAAGCAGCCGCGAUGCCCACACUUCCUGCUGGAGCCUGUGCAGAGCCAGAGGCCUCAGAAGCUGCAGGAACAUGGCCUAGGCAUGGCUCAGCCAGCAGGUCCCUCCCUGACACAGCCCUUCCUGGCAGAGGCCCCGACAGCACCGGUCCCACACAGCCCCCUGCCUGGAGCCCUGUCCAGUGCCCCUGGCCCAAAGCAGCCCCCGACAGCAAGCACGGGCCCGGAGCUGCUGCUGCUGCCUCCUUCCUCCUCUAUGCCCUGUGGGGCGGCUGCACCAGCCAGGGUGUCAGCACAGCCAGCUACUCCUAGGCAUAUGCCCCAGCUCCCCCCAUCCCUGGCCAGUGUCCCUGGCCCCCAUCCACGCCUUCCUGGAGACUUCUCAGGCCCCAGGACUGGGCCUGGGCUUUCAACUGCAGGCUGCCUAGACCUUGAGGCUGAACUUGAGGGGAUCCAGCAACAACUACUGCACUACCAGACCGCCAAGCAGAACCUCUGGUCCUGCCAGCGGCAAGCAAGCAGCCUGCGCAGAUGGCUGGAGCUGAACAGAGAGGAGCCCGGGCCUGAGGACCAGGAAGUAGAGCAGCAGGUGCAGAAAGAGCUAGAAGAGGUGGAACUGCAGAUCCAGCAGCUGGCAGAGGAGCUCCAGGCCCAGCGCCAGCCUAUUGGCGCCUGCAUUGCCCGAAUCCAGGCCCUGCGGCAGGCCCUGGGCUAGCAUGUUCACCCCAGGGACGCAGGUGCAGGGCUGUGGGGAGGCCCCAGGCCACCUGUAGGAACAAAGCACAAAGUUAUGACUUUUAUUUUUUUAUUUCAAAAUGUUUUGCAAUUAAAUGAAUUACUGUUCA